AUGGCUCUCUCCGUGGCUGCUCGAGCAGCACGUCGCCAGUUCACAUCCUCAACACAGUUGCGCAGGACAAUCGUACCUGUAGCUCUACGACGACACCAAUUCCAAGCAUUCUCUACAUCUGCUGCUAACCCACGACUUUCACCGCUGAGCAGCCAAACCGUCCCAUCAUCCCGCCGGACGGUAUAUUCGACUUCUCUAGAUGAACAUGGAGAACCCAACCCCCGAGAUUUAUUCCAGCCUCUGGACACUUUCCCGAGAAGACAUAUUGGUCCUUCCCCGGAUGCUGCCAAAGAGAUGUUGGCCACGCUCAGUCCGCCAGCUGCGUCGCUAGAUGAAUUCGUUAAACAGGUCCUCCCCGCUGAUAUUCUCUCAAAGAAGGAUCUUGUCAUUACGCCUCCCAAGGUCUCCGCCGCUACGGAAGAGACGCUUUACCGUGAUCCCGUCGAUGGCGGACUUGGUGAAAGUGAUAUGCUCAAAUUGUUAGACGAGUACCGUAAAAAUAUCAGCAUGGCGGGCAAAUCUUUUAUUGGUGGUGGUUACUACCCGACUAUUGUUCCGCCCGUGAUCUUGAGAAAUAUUCUGGAAAAUCCAGCUUGGUAUACCAGCUACACUCCCUAUCAGCCUGAGAUUAGUCAAGGUCGAUUGGAGUCGUUGUUGAAUUUCCAGACGCUGACGACGGAUCUUACUGGUUUGCCGGUUGCGAAUGCCUCCGUGCUGGAUGAGGGUACUGCUGCAGCAGAGGCUAUGACGAUGUCUUUGGCCACUGCGCCAAUGGCAAAGCAAAAGAAGGCCGGAAAGUCGUUUGUUGUCUCACAUCUCUGUCACGAGCAGACCGUUGCCGUGAUGCGAUCCCGUGCUGAAGGAUUCGGAAUCAACCUCGUCAUUGGAGAUAUCCUUGCGGACGAUGCUAAGCUCGUCAAGGAGCAAGGCGAUAACUUGAUUGGUGUUUUGGCACAGUAUCCCGAUACCGAAGGCGGUGUUCUUGAUUUCGAAUCGCUCGGCAAGACGGUGCAUGAGCUCGGCGGCACAUUCUCCGUUGCGACUGAUCUUCUCGCAUUGACUGUUCUUAAAGCACCCGGCGAGUUCGGUGCUGAUAUUGCAUUCGGUAGUGCCCAGCGACUUGGUGUUCCCAUGGGCUUCGGUGGUCCCCACGCCGCGUUCUUUGCUACCACAGACAAGUACAAGCGCAAGAUGCCCGGUCGUUUGAUUGGUGUGUCCAAGGAUCGCUUGGGCAACCGUGCUCUUAGAUUGGCUUUGCAGACUCGUGAGCAGCACAUUCGUCGUGAAAAGGCUACCAGCAACAUUUGCACGGCCCAGGCAUUGCUUGCUAAUAUGAGUGCUAUGUAUGCCAUUUACCACGGACCUCAGGGUCUCAAGGUUAUUGCUCAGCGUAUUAUGGCCAUGACAGCUUUGCUACGUGAGAAGCUCCUAGGAUUGGGAUAUAAUGUUCCUGUCCGCAGCAACACUGGUGAUGAAGGAGUUCUCUUCGAUACCCUUACCGUUGAGCUUCCAGACAGCGCCUCAGCAGAGUCUCUUCUCGCAGCUGCUAAGUCUGCCAAGAUCUACUUCCGUCAGGUUGGACCCAACAAGAUCGCCUUGUCUCUUGAUGAGACUGUCGGCAAGAGCGAGCUUCGUCAGAUUCUGCAAGUCUUUGCUCAGUCCUCAAAGGGCGGUGAUGUAGCUGUUGACACCGCUAUCUCACCUGUCUCGGUUCCAGCAAGCCUUGAGCGUACAUCCGCCUACUUGACUCACCCUGUCUUCAACACUUACCACUCCGAAACCGACAUGCUGCGUUAUAUCCAUCACCUGGAGUCCAAGGAUUUGUCAUUGGCCCACUCUAUGAUUCCUCUUGGAUCUUGCACCAUGAAGCUCAAUGCCACGACUGAGAUGAUUCCCAUUUCUUGGCCUGAGUUUUCCCAGAUUCACCCUUUCAUGCCUGCUGACGCUGUGAAGGGAUACACCCAGAUGAUUGAUGAUGUUGAGCAACAGCUUGCUGAUAUCACCGGCAUGGCGGAAGUCACCGUCCAGCCCAACUCUGGUGCCCAAGGAGAAUUCGCCGGUCUUCGUUUGAUCAAGAAAUACCAAGAGUCUGUUUCGGGCGGAAACCGCAAUAUCUGCUUGAUUCCCGUGUCUGCUCACGGAACAAACCCCGCUAGUGCUGCCAUGGCCGGUUUCAAGGUCGUUACUAUCAAAUGUGAUACCAAGACCGGUAACCUUGACAUCGAGGACUUGAAAGCCAAAUGUGAGAAGCACAAGGAUGACCUUGCAGCUAUCAUGAUCACUUACCCCAGUACCUUUGGUGUCUUCGAGCCUGGUGUCAAGGAAGUUUGCGAUAUCGUGCACAAGCACGGCGGUCAGGUGUACAUGGAUGGCGCAAACAUGAAUGCUCAGAUUGGUUUGUGUUCUCCCGGUGAGAUCGGUGCGGAUGUGUGCCAUCUUAACUUGCACAAGACCUUCUGUAUUCCUCACGGAGGUGGUGGUCCUGGUGUUGGUCCUAUCGGUGUCGCCGAGCACUUGCGUCCAUUCCUUCCUUCUCACCCGUCCAGCGAGUACUUGCAGUCCAAGCGAUCUGACUCGACUGCUUCAUCUCCUAUCAGCGCCGCUCCAUGGGGUAGCGCCAGUCUUCUCCCCAUCACAUUCAACUACAUCAACAUGAUGGGCGCUAAGGGUUUGACGCACGCCACCAAAAUCACUUUGCUAAAUGCAAACUACAUCCUCGCCCGCGUCAAGGAUCACUACCCGAUCCUGUAUACCAACGCCAACGGCCGCUGCGCCCACGAAUUCAUCCUUGAUGUGCGCCACUUCAAAGAAACCUGCGGCAUCGAAGCCAUCGACAUCGCCAAGCGUCUCCAAGACUACGGCUUCCACGCGCCGACCAUGUCCUGGCCCGUUGCCAACACGCUCAUGAUCGAACCCACCGAAUCCGAAAACAAGGCCGAACUCGACCGCUUCUGUGACGCGCUCAUCUCUAUUCGUCAAGAGAUUGCCGCUAUUGAAAAGGGCGAGCAACCCCGUGAAGGAAACGUGCUCAAGAACGCGCCUCAUACUCAGCGCGAUUUGUUGCUGGGUGACUGGCAACGACCUUACUCUCGGGAGGCCGCUGCGUACCCGCUGCCGUGGUUGUUGGAGAAGAAGUUCUGGCCUACGGUUACCCGAGUUGACGAUGCAUUCGGUGACCAGAACCUCUUCUGUACCUGCGGCCCCGUCGAGGAUACAGCAUGA